CUGGUCGGCGGCGGGGCGGCGGGGCGGCGGGGAAGCGGAGCCUGGGGACGGGCGUCGGCGGCAGGGCUCCUGAGCGAAGGGCGUCACGAUGAACACCGUGCUGUCGCGCGCGAACUCGCUCUUCGCCUUCUCGCUGAGCGUGAUGGCGGCGCUCACCUUCGGCUGCUUCAUCACCACCGCCUUCAAAGACCGGAGCGUCCCGGUGCGGCUGCACGUCUCGCGGAUCAUGCUAAAAAAUGUAGAAGACUUCACUGGCCCUCGAGAAAGAAGCGACCUGGGAUUCAUCACGUUUGAUAUAACUGCUGAUCUAGAGAAUAUAUUUGAUUGGAAUGUUAAGCAGUUAUUUCUUUAUUUGUCAGCAGAGUAUUCAACAAAAAAUAAUGCUCUGAACCAAGUCGUCCUUUGGGACAAGAUCGUUUUGAGAGGUGAUAAUCCGAAGCUGCUUUUGAAAGACAUGAAGACAAAGUAUUUUUUCUUUGAUGAUGGAAACGGCCUCAAGGGCAACAGGAAUGUCACCUUGACGCUCUCUUGGAAUGUUGUACCAAAUGCUGGGAUUCUACCUCUCGUGACAGGAUCAGGACAUGUAUCUGUCCCAUUUCCAGAUACCUAUGAAAUAACAAAGAGUUACUAAAUUAUUGUGAAUUUGAAGCAUAUUUUUAUACGUGAUAAAUUACAUCUCAUAUCUUUCCUGUAUCCUCAUUUAUUUUGGUUAUAGUUUUCUUUUUCUUUCAGUUUUGGGAUAAGAACGGCUAACGUCAAAAGACAGAGUUGAAGUGAAAGGGUCUGGGUUGCUUAAGCUUAGCUUUGCUGACAAAGUGAAGACCGCCAGAGAGGAGUAGUUUAAGAAUGGGUGGCUGCAGAGGAAGACCGUGUAAGCGGGGUUUGAAUAUUUCUUUUAUUUGCAUUGUCUUACGGAAUAUAAAAUGAGCAUAAAGGGCUGUUAAACUCCCAGGUGUCUACAGAGUCAGAAGAUUUCUUAAUUAUUUGUUUUGUGUUCAUGCAAAGUUGACAGUGACUGUGACUUACACCUGGACACUCUCUUUUAUCUUUUAGCGUAUGUUUGAUUAUUGGGAACAUUAGUGUGGCUCUUUGAAGUCUGGUUUACAAAAGAGCACAGUGGUAAAAUUGUAUUCCAUUUGUUUUAGAAAUACCCAUAAUGCUUUCUUCCUUAGGUUACUAGCAGCUUUCUUCAAACGAAGACCAAGAACCUCUUUGUAUGCUGUAAAAUCUUGCAAGCUCAUUUUAAAAUCUCAACCAUAAUGUGUGUCUUUUAGUGCUUCCAGAAUGUUCCUUUGUAUAUCUCUAUAAAUUUUAAGCUUUGCUAUUGAAAGCUGAAAAUGUU